AUCCUUCAUAUCAAACCUUAACUAUUAGUACUUCUUUCUAGCUGAUCACCAAUCUUUCAAGUGAUCUCUUUAGCUCCAUUACUCAUUGAGAUUAAGAAACUAUGGGUUAUUCAUCUGCAACUGCUGUUUUCCUUUUGCUAGUUGUGAUUCCACUAUCGACUGCGACUCUUGAUAGUCAUUACUACGAUAAGUCAUGCCCACAAGCUGAACAUAUCAUCUCGGAGACAAUUCGUAAUGCGUCAUCGCAUGAUCCUAAGGUUCCUGCUCGACUUCUUCGUAUGUUCUUCCAUGACUGCUUCGUAAGGGGAUGUGAUGCGUCAAUACUGGUAGAUUCAACUCCAGGAAACAAAGCUGAGAAAGAUGGGAAACCAAACAUCUCGAUCAGAUCAUUUUACGUAAUUGAGGAGGCCAAAGCUAAGCUAGAAAAAGCUUGUCCGAGAACCGUUUCUUGUGCAGAUAUCAUUGCGGUUGCCGCAAGAGAUGUGGUAACUCAGUCUGGAGGUCCAAAAUGGGAGGUUCUAAAGGGAAGAAAAGAUGGUAAAAUAUCGAAAGCAUCAGAGACAAAAUCAAACUUACCAGCUCCAACCUUUAACAUAACACAACUUAUCCAAAGCUUUUCCCAGAGAGGACUAGAAAUCAAGGACUUGGUUGCUCUUUCAGGUGGACACACUUUAGGUUUCUCGCACUGUUCGUCAUUUGAAUCCCGACUUCAUAAAUUCACUUCCAAGCUCGACUUAGAUCCUUCCUUGAAUAGCGCCUUCGCUGAGAGCCUAAGAAAGAGUUGCCCCAAACAUAGAAAUUCGAGUGCAGGACAGUUUUUGGAUACUACUUCUUCGAAGUUCGAUAAUGAUUAUUACAAGCAAAUUGUCGCAGGAAAGGGUGUCUUUGGAUCGGAUCAAUCGUUGCUCAAGGAUUAUAGGACAAAGUGGAUUGUUGAAUCUUUUGCUAGAGAAGAGAAAUUUUUCUUUAAAGAAUUUGCUGCUUCAAUGGUCAAACUUGGAAAUGUUGGAGUCAAGAGUAAUGCAGACGGAGAAGUUAGAUUGAAAUGCAAUGUUGUGAAUCAUUAAGAGAGUGAUGAGAGGAAGAAAGAUUGAGACCUGCUUUUGAUGUUUUUUUAUUUUCCCAAAUAAGAGUGUGAUGUGUAAAAUUUGUAAUAUUUUGUUUUCUGAAUCUCAUUAAAGAAAUGGAUUUAUUACUGUUGAA